CCAAAAGUAUUAAAGUGGGCUGAGGGCUCAACUCUCCGCCUCCGUCGACCGGUCGCCGCCAGUGAAACUCGUUUUUUCUCAGAGUCGGUCCGUGAAGAAACACCGUCGUUAGGCAACGUUUUAUUUCACUGGCGCGCCAUACCUAAACCACCUCUUCUCUCCCUCGCGGUCUUGUCUCGUCUUCCUUCUCUCCACCUAGGUUUUGAUUGUAAUUUCAAAAUUCUAGAGGUUCCAUGGCCUCUUCUGAAGCUGAGAACCGUCAGGAGAAGUUGGCAUCCAUGCUUGACCAGCUCUGUUUAGAAAGUGGCAUUCUACAUAAAAUGAUUUAUAAGAACAAGAACCAGCAUCGCCGUAGUUUCUAUUUCCGAUAUCUUUUACAGGUAAGGAGAGAUUUAAGACUUCUACAAGCUGCCAAGUUAAAGGAGUUGAUAAGUUCCUGCUUUCAAGUUAUUGACGGAAAGAAACCUAAGCAAAAGAUUCAUUUUUUAGAAAGUUUGAAACGGAGGAAAUGUGAAGUUGGGAAAUAUAAUUUCAUGGAACAGCUUCUGGGGGCUUCACGCCUACUAUCAGAGAUGGUGGAGCCAAUUUUUAAGGCAGCAACUGAGAUAUCUAUCUUGCUUGCUCGAACAUUUUUCACAGGGUUUUGCUUUAUAAUUUUGGCAUUACUGGCACGUAUUUGGGUGUUGGUUCAACAAAUAUUACUCGAUGUUGUUUCAAUAUUCAACAUGGUUGCGUCUAUCUCCAAAAAAAAGCAUGUAGUUACAAUAAACCAGGAAGGAAUUCAGGUCUUUAGAGAGUUUUACCCUACAAAUGAUGAAUUUGUCCUCUUAGAGUGUGUUUGGAAAGAAGGCAAAUUUAUAUUGCAAGAAAACAAACAAGAAGUUGCGACUAACAAUCAGGAAGAACAUAUUGGGCCAAAUGUUUCUUCGGCCGCAUCAACUGUGCGGUAUCAGAGUCUUGAAUCUUUUCUUGGAGAUGAUGAACCUGCUACCAAGCAGGCAGAGGCAAAUCAAAGUAACGAGAAAGGUGUUGAUCUAAUGAAAAUGAGUAAGAAUGAUUUGCUCGCAAGCCCCUCCGAAAGAGUUAACGAAAUUUCUGUCAAAGAUAUUACAGAAACAAAAGACAGUUCAAUCAGUCCCGCAGCGACCUCGAGCCAGACAUUCAUGCCUCGAGGAGGUAGUUCUCUUGUAAAUUCAAGCCCCUCCUUGGUUGGUGCAAAAAAACUGCAUUCGAAGAGGCCAGCAUUUGUUUCAAUUAAACCUCCCAACCCGAUUACAACUAGUGCAGUGGGAAUUCAGUUCAACGAAACCAAAGCUGAUAGUGUGGAGGAGGAUCCAUUUUUCGCUUUUCUCACCGGUGGGAAACCCAAAAGCAGUCUAUUUUAGCAGUAGAGAGAAUUCUAGUAAGCAGUCGUAUGUUUUUAUUAGAAAGUGCAUAAAUGCAUUGUUUAUGAAAUAUCAUCCAAUAGUAUUUAUUCAUAAAUUUUGAGAGCAGUGCUGUACAAUCAUGUAUGAUUAUAGGUAGAUAGAUAGGUAAAAUCAAGUUUAAUUCUUGGAGUUUAGGCUUAA